AUGCCAAGACGGUUUAAUGGAGAAGCGGACAGGAAUGACCUGCCAUAGUUCGGGUUUGGUUCUCUGAAAUACAAGCGGUGGUCCACAGAUGUCGAUUGAUGUGACCUGCAAGUUACUCCCUCACGCCUGUGCUGAGGUGACGUUUAAUGAGACAGGCACGUCACCGUGUAGACAGGCAGGGAGAGUCUCCAUGUACAAUUGGCCACACUCCUGCGAGGUCCACUUCGCGUUGCCAAUGCUGGUCGAGAUAGUGCCGAGUGAUGGUGCCCGCCCUUCACGCCUGAGGGCUGGCGGUGGUGUCCCUAAUCUGCAGGAGCGCCACCCAUCACAGCCCUGAGAGACCAUUGUGGUGCCUUACUCUGCCCUCCCUCCUCAGAAUCCUCACAAUAUUGGGGUUUAAGAGUGAAAAUUUGAAGGAUUACCUAGAAAUAAAUGAAAAAAAAAAUAUCAUUGUAGCGUCGUACUCUAGCCUCUCUGCUCCGUAUCCUCACAAACAUCAGGAUUUAAAGUUGAGAUCUGAGGAAUUAAUUAGAAAAAAAGAAUAUUACUGUAGUGCCUUAACCCAGCCUCUCUCCUUAUCCUCACAUUGCGAUUUAAAGGAAUAUUUGAAGGAUUACCUGAAAAAGACGGGGAGAAACUUGGAAUUAUAGUGGCGCCUUACCCUAGCCUCUCUCCUCCGUAUCCUCACAAACAUGAGGACUCAGGAGAAGAUUUGAGGGAUUACUUGAGAAAAAUAGAGAAAAAAACUUAUAUCGUUGUGGCGUCUUAUCACUUCCUGCAAUUCGUCGGCCUCAUAUGACCUUGUUGCUGUGGCGCCAAGCUGUUAGGCAGACCAUCCCUUCCUAUCUCCAUUAUCAGGGUCUAUCAGGAUUUAAGAGGUGGUUUGUGGUGUAGCUUUAAAACCCUGAUAUCCUUGUGACGCCUCGCCGCGGUUUUCUCUUUCCUCCGUACCCUCGCGAGCUGCACCAGGGUUCAGGUUGAGGAACAGUGAAGCUCCGUGGGAUUGCUUGAGGGUUCGAAGCUCCGGAGUAAGGCAACUUUCGAAUCUUGUUUUCUAAAAGAGUCCAUUUCAAGUCUUCUUUGUGUUUAUUGGUAAAACUAGCGUCAAGGUUGAGAUUAGUAGUAGUGGAACUUAACUUGAAAGACUCGGAGCCUCGGAUCAAGACAAAAUUGUACGUGGACUCAUACUGACUGAUUGAUUGAAGUCUGCAUACUGAAGUUUAUGAAAUGAGAUAAGAAAUUGGAAUUGUGUUUGAGUAAGACCAGUGAGAGCUUCGUUGUAUUGUUCGGGACUCGGAGCUUCGGAACACAAAAUAAAAAAAAUAACUGAGAACCAAUCAAACAAACAAACAAAGUAAAAAAUUCCAACAGACAAACAAUUAAGCAAAACAAAACUCUUAUAAAAAAACUUAGUGAUAAACUACAGUAUUAUUUAAUCAAGAGCUGGGAACUUAGAAUCAAGGACUCGUAGCCUCGAAGCAAGAAAACUGUACGUAAACUCUCCCUAAGUGACUAACGGAGGGAAACUGUGAUGCAGACAGUGGACUGAGAUAAGUGAGCAAGUGAAAUACUGAACCAGAACAAGUGAAUCAAGUACUAAGAUGAAAUUCACGAUGUUUGAUCACGUGUUGGUGUUGAUGGCGGCUGUGGCGGUGGUGGUGGCGACACAAGAAGGCGGUGUGACUGUCCACUCGACCAUUCCAGCAGUCGAAGCGGAGACCAGCCCUGAAGGAGUCACGCAUCUGGAAGUAGAAGAGGAAAAGGAGGAGAAGGAGAGACACGAAACGAGUAACGAAGUGAUGAAGAUGAUAGAACAGAAUGAAAGACAUGACAGCAACGAUGAUGAGGAGAUGACAAUAACAGAGGAGAGUGAGAGGCAGGAACCCGGUGACAGAAUGAUAAAUAUGAUAGGACGGAGUGAAGGGAAUGACACGAACGAUGAGGAAACCGAUAAUAUGAUCAUGGGAAGACCGGAAGUUGUAACAGUGCUCCCUGACGUACACAAGUGGCGGAAAAUGGACAACUCAGCCGCGAGGAAGGGAAAGCGGAGACCACAUAACGCGAGGAGGAACAGGAAGCACAAGGGGCGGAGGAGGAAGUGGAAGAACAGGCAGGCUAAGAAGUUCUACAGGAGGAAUAGGACGUAUGAGUGGGGCGCCAAGAAGUACCGCAAGAGUGGGGAUAUGCAGGCUGGACACUGGCAGUACGCGUCUCCCAACCAACGUGACGCGUGGACGGCUGGCCAGUCCUUCCGCUCCCUGGACCCUCGACGCAUGAAGGUGAAGCGGUAUCUGGUGCGCCAACACAACCUGCUUAGAUCAAAGGUGAAUCCGCCCGCCGGGGACAUGCUGGCUAUGAAGUGGUACAAGACAGCGGCGGAACAGGCACAGGCGUGGGCGGAGCAGUGCGGCCGCCACAGCAAUGCCGAUCACCCAAGCGUCAGGUGGACCUCUAGCUACGGGGCGUGCGGUCAGAACGUGUUUGUCUCGCCCACUAAGAA